UUUGUUGUGUGAUUUACACAAGUCACGCAACGAAAGGUAUUAUUUUAACAUCAAAGUUGAAAAUGAAGAUAUUUUUCCUAACAUCAAUUAUCAUAUUUUUGAAUUGCUUUCAACAACAAAUUUGUCACGAAAACGAUCAAGAACGAUUAUACAAGAAUAAUUAUUUAAAUAACUUGAAGAAUUUUGAUGCACGUGUUGAUCCUGCGCUUAGGGCUGCAGCAACAAGUGAAGCAGAACAACGUUUAGCACCUGCAGUUAUAGCAUCAUUGGCAGGCGAAGCAGAACAACGUUUAGCACCUGCAGUUGUAGCAUCACUGGCAGGCAAAGCAGAACAACGUUUAGCACCUGCAGUUGUAGCAUCACUGGCAGGCAAAGCAGAACAACGUUUAGCACCUGCAGUUGUAGCAUCACUGGCAGGCGAAGCAGAACAACGUUUAGCACCUGCAGUUAUAGCAUCACUGGCAGGCGAAGCGGAACAACGUAUCAAUCCUGCACUUAUGACUGCAGCAAAAGAAGAAGCAGAAGAAUAGUCUUUGAAAUGGAUGAUCAAGGCAGUUAAGACGCCAGACAACCGUUGUGGGGAUUUGGGAUCAAUUCGGGUGGGUAACCCCAGAAUUUUUUGUGGCCUGUCUUAGAUAUGUUGGGUUCCGUUCUUCACCACCCAGUCGCUCCCACUAUGGGCUGGCCGAACCCGCAUUGGAUAUAGAAAAAAAGGUUUUUUAAGUGCGCCCAGGGUAGAAAUAGACAAAGAUGAAAAAUCUUGUUUUUUGAGAUUUAGCAGAUAGUAAAUUUUUAUUUCAUUUCUAAGCAGAUGUAACAGAAAUAUCAUUUAAAAUAAACUAAUAUUUUUCUAAUAGUUGACCUUUCUUUUAAAGUUUUUUCCCUCCCUGUGGGCACAACAGUAUCUGUUUUCGUAUUCAUUAUGGAUUCUUAUCCAUUAUAAUUCAUGCCGUUAUGGAGCGACUAGAUGGUGAAGGAAGUGAUCCAACAUAUAUGGGUCACGCCAUUAUAAACAUUUCUGAGAAUACAAUCUAGACUCGAACUUGGAUUCUUCAGGGUGGUAGUAUGUAGACUGAUGCUUAUCACUUCGAACAUCUGGCCAUCUAAUAUUCUCUCUCUUAUCUUUAACCUAGUACAAAAGUUUUUAAAAUAUUCAUAUUUGUAUGAAAUCCUAAUAUAUUUUGAUAAAG